CUUUAUUCUAAUCAAUGGCCGACAACUGAGACAACCCAUAAGUGACCACUGGGUCGGUGGCAAUUACCGUUUCUUGUCCAAAAACACAUCCCCCAAAGUGACACACAUAGGAGUUUAGCAACAGAUCUUACAACAUUUGAGUGUUAUUACGUAACUAAAGACUUUGUUUUUAAACAUACACACAUGUUACUUUAUUAUACCAACCAUAAAACUUGUAAUAAGCAAGAUGACCCACCGUAAUAGUAAAUUAUAAUAUGUCACUAUCACAUUCCGUACGCCCGAAGAUCAUAUACCUGCUCCCAUCUGAAAUAAGAUGCUCGAAAACAACAGUUUCCACUCGCGUGUCCAGCGGUAUCGAUGUAACAGAUCUUUUGCGCCAGUGUUUGCACGGCUACAGAACGAUAAAGGAUUUGACCAUAGAAAAUGAUCACGUUAUCACAGUCAUGUCGUUCUGGGGUCAGUAUUGGAUGGUGGAUGGGCAUAAGAGGCUUUGGGUUCUGCAAGUGCUGCAGAAAAUGGGACGCUGUGGAAAAAUACCGGUCAGAGUUAAGCAAAGAAAAGAUUAUACUUUGUGGCGGAAUUUGUCAACUUUAGUUUGCCCUGUUGGAUCUGUUUCCUUUCGUUUUGAAGAUGAAUCUGAGAGAACGUGGUUUGAGGGAAGACUCAACGAGGUGUGGGAGGAGAUGAAACGUAGCGAACAUGGGAAUCUUGUUAAACCAAUCGAAAGUAGAUUUCUGUUCGCAACAAACUUAUCUGAGCCUGCAAGGUUACGGAAGAUGGUUGAUACACGAGAAAGAAACAACGGUUACAUACCAUGGUACAAAGGUCCGUAUGAUGCAGAUCGAAGGUUGGUGAUGAUGGCGGUUUUGUUGUUCGUUGUUAUUUCGCUUUCGGUGAUUGGCAAGCCAAUAACAGAAGUUGAAGAGUAAAGAUUUGUGAAACUGAAAGCGAUUUUCCAGCGUUUGUUUUGUGAUCCUAAAACGCUUCGCCCGGCACACAAGACAUGAUCAUGGUUUACCAGUCUAUUUUUUUUUCAAAGUUAUUACAUUUUAGGUGAGAAGAAUCCUCUCGGUUUUGUUUUGGAGAACUUUUAAAAGUUGUCUGCCAGAGAUAAAGAUUUUUCAUUAGGAGGUUUUCGCACUAACACAAAACAGUUUAGUUUAAAUUCAAUAAAUAUCAAAACUAAAGACCGAUCAUCAUUCAGUUUUUAGAACAAAACUCGAAAACUCGACUUAACAUUUUAUUGGGCGUUUUAAAACCGUUUUGCGGUUACGUUAACGCAAAUCACAACAAAUGCAGCUACGUUAAUGCACUCGUUUAGAACGACCA